AUGAAAGAGCGAUCGAUCCUGAGAACACUUUUUCUGUGGAGGCUUAUCAAUGCUCUUUCUAUCCGCAGCUUCUUCCAGGCAGAUGAAUACUGGCAGUCGCUGGAGCCUGCGCAUGUUAAGGCGUUUGGAUAUGGUGGGCUGACUUGGGAGUGGCAGCAUGGGCUGCGCAGCUAUGCAUUCCCGAUGCUCUUUGAAAUGUCGUACUAUGUGGCGUGGAUACUGGGUGUGGCCACCCGGAUGGCGCUGCAGGGGUUGGCACAUGCGACGGCGCUGUGUGGGGCGGUGGUGCCGAGCGGCGCGGCGGGCGUGGCCGCGAUGAAGGCCGUCUGGGAGCUGCCGGAGGCAGCGCAGGAACUGGUGGAGUACUACGGGGUAUUGUACGGGCCGCGAGUGGUGAUGGCGGCGGUAGCAGCGUGCGGGGAGUUCUACAGCGUGCUGCUGGUGCGCAAGCUGUAUCUGCGAGUCGCGGAUAAGGGGGACGACCAGAAGGGCGACGCGGCGCCGGUCAGCCGGUUGGCGCUGAUGCUGACCAUGACAAACUUCUUCAACUGUUUCUUCGCGACGCGAACGUUCAUCAACUCCUUCGAGAUGACGCUCACGGCGGUCGCGCUCUACCAUUGGGAUUGGAGCGGGGGCCUCGACGUGGGGUCUCUGGGCUUCAGCGCGAGCUUGGCGGUGGCUGCGUUUGCCUGCCUGCAGCGGCCGACUAACGUGUUAAUCUGGGCCGUCCUGGGCUUGUUCUUGGUGCUGAACCUGGUGCGCAGCAGACGGUGGCAGCUGCUGUUGACGCUGGUCGCUAAGGUGGCCGCGGCAGGCGCUCUGGCGGUGUGUGCGAAUAUCGCGAUCGACUACUACUUCUACGGCGGCGUGCUGCUGCCGCUCCUAAGGUUUAUCGAGUUCAAUGUCACGACGCCGUUGGCCGCCUUCUACGGGCGCGCGCCAUGGCACUUCCACCUGCUACAGAGCGUGCCGCUGAUCGUGGGAUACGCCCUUCCGUUUUUUGUGGGUGCGCUCCUGACCCAUAACUUCAGGCGCGGGAACGCUGGGUUGCUGGGCAGCCCCAUCAUGCAGAUCAAGUGCGUAGUGGUGUUGAAUAUUGCGCUCUAUUCCUGCAUCGACCAUAAGGAAUUCCGGUUUCUGUACCCGCUGCAGCCGCUCUUUCUCUCGCUAAGUGCGCUGGAGAUGCACACAUGGCUGCAGCACCACCACGCGCGCGGGACGGCCUGGCUGAAGCGUGUCCAGUCACUACUGUACGUGCUGCCGGUUCUGUCUAUCACGGCUGCGCUUGUGCUCAACACUGCGCACGAAGCCGGUGUCGUGUCGGUGAUGGACUACCUGCAUUCCGCCGUGCCCAGCGCCGAGAGUAUCGGCUUCAUCAUGCCCUGCCAUUCUACGCCAUGGCAGUCCCACCUGCACCGCAACGAUCUCGGAAAACUCUGGGCAAUCAGUUGCCAGCCUCCACUAGAUUUGUUGCACCAAGAAGACGCGGGAGAUCAGCUGCUGACCUACAUGGACGAAAGCGACCACUUGUACGAAAAUAUCCCGGAAUUCAUACACAAGAAUUUCCCGCCCGUGUUCAGAAGGGACCUACGUUCGCCUGGCAGGCAAUAUGCUUAUGAAUGGCCAGAAUUCCUGGUUGUGUUUGAACAUAUGGACGAAGCCUUUAUGAAAGAGUAUCUCAAGGACAGCAACUAUGUCGAGGUGAAAAGAUUUUUUAACACGCUAAGCCAUUGGGAUAGCCGUAGAGCUGGUGACGUGAUUGUCUACCAUAAAAGUCCAUGGUAUUAG